AUGUCAUAGUGACCGUACGUGCGGCCAAACAAAUUACAGGGAAAUUGCGUCACCUGCAGGAAUUUCCACUCAGCAUUGUCAAAUGCCAUCAGAAAUCGUUGGACAUGUUGUAACAUUAAUUUGACAUUUUACGGCCCAGAACAGGGAUGA